AUGGGCAUAAAGAAGAAGAAAGAAAUGCAAGUGACUGCACUGACCAUUUGCCAUCAAGACCUUGAAACUUUGCAUUCUUUGGCUGAUGUGGAAGGAAAGAAUCUAGCUUCUUUGCUGUUACAUUGUGUACAACUCACAGAUGGAGUGUCACAAAUCCAUUGUGUUAAACAGAAUUACAAGGGACUCUCACUAAAUGGCCUACCUGAAUUUUUUCUAACUGAGGCUGUACAAAGUUUUACUUCUCGUCUUCAGGAAGAAUUGAGUACUACUGAUGUGUACUCUUAUAGGAAAGUAAUUGACAAUAUAUCUUCCUGUAUGGAGAACUUUGACGUAGGUAGAGCAGGUGUUAGUAAUCUUCUUAAAAAUGUGCUUCAUUUUAUGCAGAAGAGUUUAACUGAAAUCUCUGAAGAAAAUAGAAAAUUUGCCGGAAAUCAUAUUGUUCAGACGCAGUUGAUGAAUGACUUGUCGGUAGGCACUAGAGUUUCUGUGAUGUUGGUACAGAAAAUACAAGACUUUCAAACACUUCAUGUGAGGAUUUCCAGUUCCCCUACAUGGCAAAGUAUGUGUGGAUUGCUGAGUAUUUUCACCAAGUUUUUAAUUGAUGAUCACCUUUUACAGACAAUUCAGAGUACAUCUGGAUUAGCUGUUAUUCUUUUUAUUAAGGCUAUGUUUCACCCACCUGAAGAGAUUCCUGAUUUGAUUAGUAGUUUGCUUCUCCGUUCAGUGGACUGUACCAGCAUCCCUGACUGGUUUUUGAACUGCUGCAGGAGCCUUUGUUGUGCUGAUGUCUCGCAGUCAACUCUCUUAUUCCUGUGUCAAGGGACACUCACCAUGUUGGACUGGCAGAAUAGAAAGAUGGGCCCAAGCGGGGAGGCCCUGCUCUUGAAUAUUGUCCAUGUAUUGUUCACCUUGAGUUCACAGAUCAAGGAAUCAACUCUGGAAUUGUUUUUCUCUAGAAUUUUGGCAUCUUGGACUAAUUCAGCCAUACAUGUCCUUGAAUCAAGUUCCCCAAGCCUAAAGGACAGUCUGAAUGGGAAUUCAAGCAUAGUUGGGAAACUUUUGGAAUAUGUCUAUACCCACUGGGAACAUCCAUUGGAUGCUUUGAGACACCAAACCAAAAUUAUAUUCAGAAAUGUUCUCCAAAUACACCAGCUCACUAAAGAAAAAUCAGACUCAGAAGCGUCAGGUUUGGCUGCCGAUCGUUUCAUUUGUGAAUUGACAGAGAGUCUUUUGCGACUGGAAUGGCAUGUUAAAGGGAAAUACAUGUGUCUUGGUUGUUUAGUAGAUUAUACAGGAAUUGGACAUAUUUUGGCACUAGCCAAAACUAUUCCAUCACAAAUCUUAGAGGUGAUGGGAGACCAGUCAUUGGUACCUUAUGCAAGUGACCUCUUGGAGACCAUGUUCAGAAGUCACAAGAGUCAUUUGAAGUCCCAGGCUGUUGACAGUACGUGGAUUGAUGAGUGGCAUGAGACUUGGGUUUCUCCUCUCCUUUUUAUACUGUGUGAAGGAAAUCUGGACCAGAAAUCUUAUGUGAUCGAUUAUUACUUGCCAAAAUUGUUGAAUUGCAGCCCCGAAAGCUUAAGCUACAUGGUAAAGAUUCUUCAGUCUUCUGCUGAUGCUAAAAGUGGUAAGAUGAACCAUUCUUUUAGUAAUUUCUAGCAACAAUCUUUUCCAUCCUUAGGAUCUUAUAAUAGUGCAGGGGCUCUGGGAGCUUUGAUGGCAUGUCUGCGAGCAGCUAGAGCUCAUGGACAUCUUCGGUCUGCAACUGAUGUCUGGAGGAACCUUGUGUCCAGCGCAAGAAUAAAACAAGGCUUAAUUCAUCAGCACUGCCAAGUACGGAUAGAUACGCUAGGCUUGCUUUGUGAAAGUAAUCGAAGUACAGAAAUCGUUUCCACAGAAGAAAUGCAGUGGAUUCAAUUCUUUAUCGCAUACAAUCUUAACAGUCAGUCCCCAGGAGUGCGACAACAGAUUUGUUCUCUUCUUAAAAAGUUGUUUUGUAGGAUACAGGAGAGUUCUCAGGUGCUUUAUAAACUGGAGCAAAGUAGAUCCAAACAUGAGCCAGAGAAUGAGUUAUCCAAACAGCACCCUUCUGUAUCUUUACAGCAGUAUAAGAAUUUCAUGUCAUCCAUUUGCAACAGUCUUUUUGAAGCGCUGUUUCCUGGUUCUUCCUACCCAACUAGAUUUUCAGCUUUAACCAUUUUAGGCUCAGUAGCUGAAGUUUUUCCAGUCCCAGAAGGUCAAGUCCAAACAGUGUAUCAGCUGAGUCAUGAUAUCGAUGUCGGUCGUUUCCAAACACUAAUGGAAUGUUUUACCAGUACUUUUGAAGAAGUGAAAAUUUUAGCAUUUGAUCUUCUGAUGAAGUUACCAAAAACAGUUGUACAAUUCCAGGAUUCGGAGAAACUGCAAGGCUUAUUCCAGGCAGCACUGGAGCUCAGCACAAGCACCAAGCCAUAUGACUGUGUGACAGCUUCCUACCUGCUGAACUUCUUAAUCUGGCAGAAUGCCCUCCCCUCAUCUCUGUCUGCCUACUUACAAACUCAACAAGCUGCAUGUGGUGAUGGAGAUACAUCUGCUAUUGUGGUGGAAAGGAACACAUUAAUGGUUAUCAAAUGCUUGUUGGAAAAUCUUGAGGAGGAAAUAUCUCAGGCUGAAAAUUCUCUGCUUCAGGCAGCAGCAUCAUUUCCACUAUAUGGGCGAGCCCACUGUAUAACAGGAGCUUUGCAGAGGUUGUCUCUAAACAGCCUGCAGUUGGUGAGUGAAUGGAGACCUGUGGUAGAGAAGCUCCUCUUGGUGUCGUAUAGGCUUUCUGCCGUGGUGUCUCCGGUCAUUCAGAGUUCCUCCCCAGAAGGCCUCAUCCCAAUGGACACUGAUUCAGAGUCAGCAAGCCGCUUACAGACGAUUCUGAGUGAGAUUCAGCCACGAGAUACUAAUGACUACUUCAAUCAAGCCAAAAUACUGAAAGAACGUGAUAGUUUUGAUUUGGAGGACUUGAAUGCCAGUGUGCCGGAUAUUGGUGCUUCUGCAGAGAUCAAAGGUAAAGAAAGAAAAACAUGCGAUGUAACUGCUCAGAUGGUGCUGGUGUGUUGUUGGCGAAGUAUGAAGGAAGUUGCCUUACUUUUAGGCACGCUGUGCCAGCUUCUCCCCAUGCAGUCCACGCCAGAACCCCGCAGCGGAUUAUUGACAGUGGAGCAGGUAAAAGAAAUAGGAGAUUACUUUAAACAACACCUCUUACAGUCCAGGCACAGAGGAGCAUUUGAACUGGCUUACACUGGCUUUGUGAAACUCACUGAAAUACUAAACAGGUGCCCCAAUGUGAGUCUGCAAAAGCUGCCAGAACACUGGUUAUGGAAUGUUUUAGAGGAAAUUAAAUGCAGUGAUCCCUCAUCUAAACUCUGUGCUACAAGGCGCAGUGCCGGACUUCCUUUCUACAUACAGGCACUAUUGGCAUCUGAACCGAAGAAAGGCAAAAUGGAUUUGUUGAAAAUAACAAUGAAAGAGUUAAUCUCCUUGGCUGGGCCUACAGAUGACUCACAGAGCACAGUCCCCCAGGUUCAUGCUUUAAAUAUCCUUAGAGCCUUGUUCAGAGAUACACGUCUGGGAGAAAAUAUUAUUCCAUAUGUGGCUGAUGGAGCUAAGGCUGCAAUUCUAGGCUUUACAUCACCAGUCUGGGCAGUGAGAAAUUCAUCCACACUUCUUUUCAGUACCUUGAUCACAAGAAUAUUUGGAGUUAAAAGGGGAAAGGAUGAACUUUCCAAAAAAAAUAGAAUGACAGGAAGCGAAUUUUUUUCUCGUUUCCCAGAACUCUAUCCUUUUCUUCUCCAGCAGUUGGAAGCUGUAGCUAAUACUGUGGACAGUGAUGCAGGAGAACUAAACCGUCAUCCAAGCAUGUUUCUCUUACUGCUGGUGUUGGGGAGACUCUACCCUUCCCCGAUGGACGGCACCUAUUCCACUCUCAGCAUGGCACCUUUCAUUCCCUUCAUUAUGAGAUGCGGUCACUCCCCUGUCUACCGCUCCCGUGAGAUGGCAGCUCGUGCCUUGGUUCCGUUUGUUAUGGUGGAUGAAAUCCCCAAUACCAUCCGAACUCUGUUGGCCAAACUCCCCAACUCCACCGAUCAGUGUUUCCGGCAAAACCAUAUUCAUGGGACGCUUCUCCAGGUUUUCCAUUUGUUACAAGCCUUCUCAGACUCCAAAUACAGACUGAAUGCAUACUUUCAGCAGGAGCUGGCUGACGUUGCUGUUUGUACCAGAGCCAAACUCUGGCUGGCCGAGAGGCAAAAUCCAUGUUUGGUGACCAGAGCUGUAUAUAUUGAUAUUCUCUUCCUGUUGACUCGCUGCCUUGACAAACCCACAAAAGGCAACCAGCCAGCUCUGGAGCAUCUUGGCUUCUGGGGGGACAUCAGAAGGAUCAUCUCAAGAUCAGAGCUGAUAACAGGAUUCCCCUAUACCUUCACAGUGCCAGGCCUGCCCCAGUACCUCCAGAGCCUCACCAAACUAGCCAUCUCUGCAGUGUGGGCAGUGGAGGCCCAGGCUGGAGAGCAGGCAAGGGACAUUCCCAUAUCCUUCUCCCAGCUGUUGGAGUCUUCUUUCCCUGAAGUGCGCCUGCUGACAUUAGAAGCCCUGUUGGAAAGGUUUUCAACAGCAGCCUCUGGAUUAGGAGAGAAGGGACUGCCACCCUUGCUGUGGAAUAUGGGAGGGACAUUCUUGAUGUUGGCCAUGAAGGAAAAUCACCCAGAAUGCUUCUGCAAGAUACUGAAAAUUCUUCAUCGCAUGGACCCCAGUGAGUGGCUUCCCGAGACGGAGCACUGUAUCCAUUUAACCCCAAAGGAGUUCCUGAUCUGGACGAUGGAUAUUGCUUCCAAUGAAAGGUCUGAAAUUCAAAGUGUAGCUCUGAGACUUGCCUCCAAAGUGAUUGCCCACCGCAUGCAGACGUGUGAGGAGACCAGGGACUCCAUGGUCCCCACACUGAAGCAGUGGGUUCGGUUGGUCGCCGCAUCCUGUGGAGAACACCUUCCCACAGAGUCCAGGCUGGCCGCUGCCGAAGCCCUCACCAGCACCACACCGUUCUUGCUCACCAGCCCGGAUCCCGUUCUCGAACUGCAGGAUACACUUGCUCUCUGGAGAUGUGUCCUCACCCUCCUGCAGAGUGAGGAGCAGGCCGUCAGAGAUGCUGCCACGGAGACUGUGGCAACCGCCAUGUCACAAGAAAACACCUGCCAGUCAACAGAUCUGCUGGGGGCCCUGGAGAUGCUGGGGCAGCUCUCAUGCUGGCUUUUUGGGUUCCAAUGGACACCCCUUGAUCGCCUGACCCCGGUGGCCGACGGGACUGGCAUUCCUGAGCGCCACAGGAAGGUGGAAGACUACCUGUUUGAAAAAGCAGAAAUCAACUUUUGGGCUGAGACCCUGACCUUCGUGAAGUACCUCUACAAGCACCUCUCCCAUCUCCUCUCCAAGUCCAGCUGGUGUCCCCUCCGCCCUGAAAGCCUCCGUCAUCUUCACAGGACAGCAUCAGAGCAGUGCCACCUCCUUUCCCAGCUCUUCAGAGAACUGCCACCAACUGCUGAGUUUUUGAAGACAGUGGAAUUCACAAGACUGCGCAUUCAGGAAGAAAGGACUUUGGCUUGCCUGAGGCUGCUGGCCUUUCUGGAAGGAAAGGAAAGGGAAGACACCCUUGUUCUCAGUGCUUCGGACUCUGUUGCAGAAACGAAUCCGUUCACUCUUGCAAGAACAGAAACAGCUUGUUGA